AUGUGGUACAUGGAACGUAUGUCCUUGUACAAACCAGGAGCAACUUUGGAUUUAGUGACAGAAAUAGAAAAAUACAAGAUGAAAUGUGUAGCCUUGCAAGAAAUUAGGUGGGAAGAUGCUGGAACAACUAAAGUAUCUCAAACAACAAUUUUUAAUGGGAAAUGUGAACACCCCUACAAAUUAGGUACAGGAUUUGCAAUACACGAAUCAAUAAUUCACACAGUUAAGGAAUUUAGAGAUAUAAGCCCAAGAAUUUCGACCAUAACAAUAGAAUCCGAAAAUUUUGAUGCAGUUUUGAUUAAUGCACAUGCGCCAACAGAGGAGAAGGAUGAAGACGAAAAAGACUUGUUUUAUGCAACGUUGGCAGAUAUAUUUGCCUCGUCAACUAGUACAAUAAGAAUUGUACUAGGCGAUUUUAACGCUAAGCUAGGUCGAGAGAUAUGCUAUAGAAAUGUCAUUGGAAACCAUAGCCUACAUGAAAAUACGAACAACAAUGGUGCAAAGCUGAUUGAUUUUGCAGUAGGAAAUGGUCUGGUGAUAAAGAGCACUAUGUUACCAAAGAAAGAUAUACACAAGUAUACAUGGGUAUCUCCGGACGGUAGAUACAAAAACCAAAUAGAUCAUGUACUAGUAAACUACAGAUUCAAAAACAGCGUACUGAAUGUAAGAACAAUGCGGGGAGCAGACAUUGGUUCUGAUCACUUACUACUAGGCAUACGGAUAAAAGUGAAACUCAAAAAACUUGAUAAAAAAAAUCCAGUAAACUCAAGAAGGCUUGACAUAGAUAAAUUAGAAAAUCAUGAUAUAGGCAAACUUUUUGUAAACAGUAUCAAGGACACUUUACAAAGUAAGCAAAGAAUAUUCGAAGGAAAUAUCGAUGAGGGUAGGGAAGAAAUUAGAGAUGCUUUAAGCAAUGUAGCUAACAAGACUUUAGGAACAAAAAAGCUAAAACCCAAACCCUGGUUCAAUAGAAUUUGCGAAGAAGCGCUGCAGAGAAGAAAGGUGGCAAGGCAACAUUGGUUAAACGAUACGAGAAACGAAGAACUAUUCGCAAGGUACAAAACUCGUCUAAGGGAAACAAGCAACAUCCUAAGAGGUGAGAAGCGGAAAUAUGUUCGAAAUAUAAUGGUUAAUGCUGAACUAGACUACAAAGCACAUAGGGCUAGAGAUAUGUAUAAACGCAUAAAUUAUCUAACUGGUGGAUACAAGAAGAAGGAAAGAUUCCUAAAAGAUAACAAUGGGUCGUUGAUAACCACGAAUGAAGAAUUAGCCAAAAAGUGGGGAGAUUAUUUUGAUACUCUCCUUAACUGUGAAGCACCUGAUGAAGUCUAUAGCCUUAACUUAGUAGCUGAAGAAGAACAAGAAUGCCCAGAACCUUCAUUGGACGAGAUAAGAUUCCAAAUUAAAAUAUUAAAAAAUCAUAAGUCACCUGGCGAGGAUCAAAUUCAUGCAGAACUUCUCAAAAAAGGAGGAGAAGAAAUGACGUUCAGGUUGUGGAAAUUGAUCCACCGAAUAUGGUUAUCCGAAAAAGUUCCGGAAGAUUGGAAAAUAGCCUUAGUAUGCCCAAUUCAUAAGAAAGGGGAUAAACAAGAUUGCAAUAAUUAUCGCGGAAUUGCCCUACUAAGUGUUGCGUAUAAAGUUUUCACGAACUGUAUCUUGUCAAGGAUAAGAACAAAAUCGGAGCAAAUCAUUGGAGAUUAUCAAGGAGGCUUUAGACCAGGAAGAUCUACGGUAGACCAAAUAUUUAUUCUCCGACAACUUUUCCAAAAGACCUGGGAAUUCGACAAGGAAAUGCACGUGCUCUUUAUCGACUUCAAGAAGGCAUACGAUAGUAUUCAUCGCAAAAGCUUGAUAAAUAUUCUUAGGGAGUAUAACUUCCCACAAAAAUUAGUUAAGUUAAUCGAAUCAUGUAUUAUGGAAACGUUCAUUAAAAUAAGAGUAGGAGAAGCGGAAACCGACCUAAUAAGUGUGAAUUCAGGACUAAGACAGGGGGACUCAAUGUCACCUGUUCUUUUCAAUCUAGUAUUAGAAAAGGUUAUCAGGGAAACUAAUAUUGGACCCCAGGAGGGGAUGCCACUACAAGGUUCCUCCGUGGCAUUAUUGGCUUAUGCAGACGAUUUGGUCCUCAUGGAUAAAUCACACGAUGGAUUAAGAUCAUUAUGCGGUCGUUUGGAGGAGGCAGCUAAGAAGGUUGGAUUACAAAUAAACGAAGACAAAACAGAAUACAUGGUGGUGGGAAGAAAAGAUAGUACCAGAAUGUACCCUUCCUUAAGAGUUGGCAACCAUGAUUUCAACCGAGUCAAACAAUUUAAAUAUCUAGGUUCUGUUUUGACCGAAAAAAAUGAAACUGAUAAGGAAGUGGCAGCAAGAAUCCAAUCGGGAAACAAAUGUCUUUACGGACUCAUAAGGAUACUAGGGUCCCAAUCCCUGUCGAGAGAUAUAAAGUUACAAUUAUAUAUUACACUGUUACGUCCCAUAAUUACAUACGGAGCAGAAACAUGGACAUUGAGGAAAACGGAGGAAAACAAACUGAUUAUUUUUGAAAGGAAAAUCCUAAGAAAGAUCUUUGGCCCAGUAAAAGACGAUGAAACUGAGGGAUGGAGAAUAAGGAAAAACAAAGAACUAGAAGAACUCUUUCAGAAGCCAAACAUAUUAAACAUAAUCCAGAGUAGGAGAUUACAAUGGGCGGGUCACGCAUGGCGUAGUCUGAACCCACUACUACACGUAGUAUUGAAAGAAAACCCAAAAGGGAAAAGGUCCCUUGGACGACCCCGUUUAAGAUGGGAAGAUUUAAUAAAGAAAGACGUGGAAUCGCUGAACGGUGGCCCAGAUUGGAAAACAAAAGCAGCUGACAGAGAGUCAUGGAGGAUUGGUUGUUUGACGGGAUGGUCCUAG